AGCCGUGAUUGAUAUAGAUGCCUCACAGGAAGAUAUGAAAACAUCUGGUGUUAAGGCACAAGAAGUAUUUAUUCGAAUCUGCCUAUCUUUUAUAAGAGCCUUAUAUCGAAUUCUUGAUUGUAGCUGGAAGGAUAUUCUCAAUGGUUUAGUAAUCGCUACAUCAUCGGACUCUAGCAAGUGUAGCUACCAUAUUUUAUACGCACCAGCUCUUCUUAUUGAUCAUCACAAACUCAAAGCAUUUACUGAAUUAGUAUAUACUAUAACUGGGGAAAAAUUCGGUAAGUUUAUCAAUCGAAAAUUACCUGGUCAAAAUUUCAACCUUCGUCUUAUUGGUUCAGCAAAAAAAGGUCACAUAAUGGCUGGAAUCAAUCACGUUAGGGUUCAACCGCCUUCUAGUUUGGGACUUGUAGUAAGACCUCGGAUCCUUAGUGAAGAAAAAAAUAAUAAUCCAUUAAAAAUAAUCGUAGGUCAGGAUGUAUUGCAAAAAUAUGCGAAACUUGUUUUGCAAAAGCAUUCUAAUUAUCUUAGGGAUUGGACUAUCGAAGAAAAGGAAGAAACAAAGGAAAACUUCAUAUAUUUCAACCAGAAAGCUUUACUAGAAUGUCCACUAUGUAAACGUAUACAUGACAAGGAUCAGAGGUGGUUCAGCCGUAUAUGCGCUAGCAGUGGGAGAUUCAUCGUAAAAUGCUUUCGGCAGAAUAGUGAUGAACCAGGAGAUGUUUUUGAAUGUGACCCAUCUAUUGCAGAAAAAAUUCAGCAAAAAAAUAAAAAUAUAUCUUCAGAGCAUCUGUCUAGCAUUCGCAAGAUAAAAGGCCCAG